UCCUCACUUCCGCCCGGCCUGCCAGGGGAGUCGCGGCGGUGCCUUCUGCCUCGGCGCUGUUUCCGGCUGCCGGGGAGGCCGAGCGGCCGCCGGAUGAGCGCGGCGCGGACGCUGCGGGUGCCGGGCCGUCAGGGCUACGCCGCCGAGUUCUCCCCGUACCUGCCGGGCCGCCUGGCCUGCGCCGCGGCGCAGCACUAUGGCAUCGCGGGCUGUGGAACCCUGUUAAUAUUGGAUCAAAAUGAAUCUGGACUUGAGAUUUUUAGACGCUUUGAUUGGAAUGACGGCUUGUUUGAUGUUACCUGGAGUGAAAACAACGAACAUGUCCUUGUCACCUGUAGCGGUGAUGGCUCGCUGCAACUCUGGGACACUGCGAAAGCCACGGGGCCCCUCCAAGUCUAUAAAGAACACACUCAGGAGGUGUACAGUGUUGAUUGGAGCCAAACCAGAGGUGAACAACUGGUAGUGUCUGGCUCGUGGGAUCAGACUGUCAAAGUGUGGGAUCCAACUGUUGGAAAUUCUCUGUGUACCUUUCGAGGCCACGGGAGUGUCAUUUACAGCACAAUCUGGUCUCCCCACAUCCCUGGGUGUUUUGCUUCAGCCUCAGGUGAUCAGACUCUGCGGAUUUGGGAUGUGAAGACCAGGGGAGUCCGAAUUGUGAUUCCAGCACAUCAGGCAGAAAUCCUGAGCUGUGACUGGUGUAAAUACAACGAGAACUUGGUGGUAACAGGAGCAGUUGACUGUAGUUUGAGAGGCUGGGACCUAAGGAAUGUGCGACAACCUGUAUUUGAACUUCUUGGCCACACAUAUGCUAUUAGGAGGGUGAAAUUCUCACCGUUUCAUGCUUCAGUGCUGGCCUCGUGUUCCUAUGACUUUACUGUAAGAUUCUGGAAUUUUUCAAAGCCUGAUCCACUUCUGGAAACAGUGGAACAUCAUACAGAGUUUACUUGUGGCUUAGAUCUAAGUCUCCAGAACCCCACUGAGGUAGCCGACUGCUCCUGGGAUGAAACCGUAAAGAUCUAUGACCCUGUUUGUCUCGCGGUGCCUGGUUAAGAUACGCUGCUCUAGUCGGAAGCGGGGAUGUUACAGACUGAUGAACUUAAUAUCAAAAUGUUAUCUACCUAAAGGAUAAAAGUUAGGCCUUUACAUGUACUGAGAUUUCAAAAUUCUCAAACUAUAUCAAAAUCAGCUGUGAGGCAGCUUAUAAAGACAUUGUAUCAUAUUGUAAGCCUGGACAUAAGCUAUAUUUUCUGGAAUCCUAAAGAAUAAUUGUUAUGAUUUAUCUUGUAAUGUCUAUUAAAAUGUUAUGUCUGUAUUGUAAAAUGGACUAAAAUAUGAGAGGUUAGUAGAUUACAUGGGCAGUAAUAUAUUUCAUUCUUAAUUUGUCAUUUUGGAUGUAAAAUAUAACCACUACUGUUGAUAAAAAUCAAAA